AUGAAGUCUGAAGAGAGCGCACAGCCCCAGUCGGUCAGUGGGGGGGAGGCUCAGGGGGGCCCCCCUGGGGGCCCCCCAGGGGGCCCCCUGCCACGUAUUGCUGUGGUGGUUCGUAAGAGGCCUUUGAGUGCGUUGGAGGUGAUGAGGAAAGAUACGGAUCUCGUUAGAGUCAGAGGGGGACAGACAAUCAUCGUAGACGAGCCUAGGGAGAAGGUGGAUUUGACUCCAUAUGUGCAGCGUCACGAGUUUCGCGUGGACCGCGUCUUUGAUGAGUUUGCAUGCAACGCUGAGGUGUACAGACAGGCGGUGCUGCCCUUAGUAGAGAGUUGCUGCCGCAGCGACGCCAGCUGCUCCUUCUUUGCUUACGAGGGGGUAUUCGCGUUGGCUUGUCACGACAUAUUUCAAUAUAUGCGAGAAGAAAAAGAUAAGAAGACGGUGCAUGUCUCCUUCUUUGAGAUCUACAACGGCAGACUCUUUGACUUGCUGCAAGAUAGGAAGCUCGUUGCUGCUUUGGAGAACGGCAAGAAAGAAGUUGUUGUCAAAGAUUUGCGAGAGGAUGAGGUAGGCAGCAAAGAAGAGCUGCUGCGGCGAAUUGUGGGUGGAAUGGAGUUGAGGCGGAUCGGAGCAAACUCCGUCAAUGAUGAAUCCUCGCGGUCGCAUGCAGUGCUGCAGAUUCAUAUCCGCAACCAGCAAUCCAAAGUCGCAGGUGAGGGUGCUGCUGCUGCUGCUGCUGCUGCUGCUUGUGAUGCUGCUCUUGCUGCUGCUUCUUCUGGUGCCUCUGAUCAUGCGGAUGCUCCUGUUGGUCGUUUGGUGUUUAUAGAUUUGGCUGGGAGCGAGCGUGGGGCUGAUACUUUACAGCAGCCGAAGCAGACGCAGCAAGACGGUGCGGGUAUUAAUAGAUCUCUAUUAGCUUUAAAAGAAUGUAUAAGAGCUAUGGAUAAAGAAAAGCUGCAUGUGCCCUUUAGAGACUCUGAAUUAACUAAAGUGCUGCGGGAGGUGCUUCUAGGCCGCAGCAGCCGCAGCGUUAUGAUUGCAACUGUCUCCCCAGCCUCUUCGUGCUGCGAGCAAACUUUAAACACACUCAGAUACGCCUCCAGAGUUAAAAACUUCCGCAUGCAGCAGCAACAGCAACAGCAGCAGCAGCAGGGUCUCCCGGGCACUGAAACCCUGCAGCAGCAACAGCAGCAACAGCAGCAGCAGCAGCAGCACGGGCAAGGGGCCGGUGGAAGGGACAGCAACGUGAGGUCUCCUUUGAGCCCUUUAGUAGGAGGCUCGUCUCUAGUAGACGAUCUGUCUCCUAUUAAAAGCAGCGAUCUGCUGCUCCCUUCCUGCCAGGUGUCUCCUCGUCUCCCUCCUCCAACUCCUCUGGGGCCCUAUGGGGGCCUCCGUAGGGGCCCCCGGGCCUCGGGCUCUGGAUCCCCUAUCCUGAAUUCAAGUGUCUCCUUGACGUCUGCCCCCUCUAAUCUCAGCAGCAACAGCAGCAGCAGCAGCAACAGCAGCAGCAGCAGCAGCAGGUCCAGGCUCAUUAGGAGCGCAGGUGUCACCAGGAAAACCGCCUUGAGCGCCCACGCUGCAGCAGCAAAAAGAACAGCAGCGGAAGCAAACAGCCCCCGCCGCAUGCAGGAAGCUACAGGACUGCCCCCACCGUCUCCUUUGGGUUCUUUCCAGCAGCCACUGCAGGGCCCCAGGGGCCCCUCGAGGCUUGCAAGAGAAGUUACGCUGUCUCCUCGGCAGUCUCGUCUGUCAAAGUCUACAGCUUGCGGAUCACCCCUUUCUGCUGCUGCUGAUGCUGCUGCUGCUGCAGAUGCUGGAGAUGCAGAAACAGCAGCAGCAGGAAGAGGCGAACUCCCAAUGACCGCCAGAGAGCUGCAGCAGCAGCGAGCAGCGCAGCAAGCUGCAGCAAGGAAGACAACAGCCCCCGGACGGAAACAAAGUCUCCACGGGGUAUCAGCAGAGACACCCAGCACCCGCACUGCCCUCCGCAGCAAACAGCAGCAGCAGCAGGAGCAGCAGCAGCAGAAACAGUCUCCUGGUGAAAGGAGACCCCCAGGUACCCCUGGCAUUAACACUUCAGCGCUCCGCAAGUCCUGGCUGAGGAAGCAGCAGCAGCAGCAGCGCAGCAAACGCGGAAUCUUAGGGGACGACGGGGAGACACUUAUCUUUAUGAAAGAGCCAGCAGGUCUAGCAGCAGCAGCAGCAGCAGCUGCUGCUGCUGCUGCUGCUCAGGAGUCGCCCUUUGAUACCCGCAGGAUGGCAGUAGACGCUGACGCAGCGGAGCAGUGCCCCCAGACGGAGGAGCAGCAGCAGCAGCUGCAGCAACAGCUGCAGCAACAGCAGCUGCUGCAGCAGGAUCUGCUGCAGGACGACCAGUCUGCAGCAGCAGCUGCAGCACAGCUGCCUCCUCUCCUCAAUGAGUUGCGAGUGCGGCGGCUCAGCGGGUCUCCAUCACCGUACUGCAGCUUGCGUCCCAGAAGCAGCAGCAGCAGCAGUAGCAGCAGCAGCAGCAACAGCAGGCUGCGGUAUAAGGCCGGAGUGGGGAGCAGCACGGAACCAGACCCCACAAAGUCUCUUCUGCAGCAGUUGCUGCCGUCUCCGGAGCAGCAACAUGUUGCUGGGGAUGCUGCAAGCAGCGCUGCUGCUGCUGCUGCAGCAGCAGCUCCCUUUGACAUCUCGCGUUUGCUGCAGCAGAAUUUACAGGGAGCAGAUAUUGAGUCUCUAAGUGCAGCACAGAUCGAGGGCCUUCAAGCACAGGUUGGCGCCCGCAGGCAGCACUAUAUGAAGAGGCUGCUGGAGCUGCUGCGGGGGAGAGCGGCUGAGGGGAGCGGCGCUCAGGGUCACCACGAGAGGCAGCAAGACGAGCUGGUGUGCAGGCUGCAUGAAGGCAACCCAUGCAGCGCUGAGUUUGCUGAGUACGCGCGGCAGAAGAUGGAGUUGGAGUUUAAGCGUUUGCUGCGCAUGCGGCACUGCUGGCUGCAAGCUGAAGAACUACGCCUGCUGCACCGCUACCUCGGAGCUGCGGCUGAGCGCAAGGGAAAGGGUUUAGGAGACAGUGAAGCAGCAGCAGCAGCUCGAGACGGGAUCGUCGAUAUACGAGAGGGUGCGCCGCCUUCACCUGUACAUACACCUCAAGCUGUGCAGUGCGCAGCGCCCACCAAUGCAGCAACAGCAGCAGCAGCAGCAGCAACAGCGUCUACUGAUGUUGCUGCUGUUCCUGCUGCUGCUGCUGCUGCUGGAGAGAGACGCAGCGGGGGCGAGGGUGGUCUUGUAGCCUGGCUUGCGCAUGCAGCUUCGGGUGUACGUACACCGCGUUGGCUGGGGAGUUCGUCUCCUCCGGUUAGCGAUGUGCGGGGGGGGCCCCCUGCUCCUUCAUUCCCUUUGGAUUCUGCUGCUGUUGCAGAGGAGGGGCCCCCUGGGGCCCCCAUUGAGGAGAGUCUGUCUCCUUCCUCAAGUAUGAGAAGCAAGAGGCCCCCCCCUUCAGGGGUAGAGUUGCAGCAACUUCCCCCUGAGGGACACCUCCGAUUGUCUCCUUUACACCCCGCCGGCUCUCCGCCGCUGCAGCAGCAGCAGCUGCUGCUACACGCAAAGUAUACCCCAGCAGCAGCAACAGCAGCAGCUAAAAUGAAUAGGGACGCGGACGAAGGCACCGGACUCGAAUGCGACGACCCCUUCCAGCAGCAGCACCAACAGCAGCAGCAGCAGCAGCAACAGCAGCAGCAGCAACAGCAGCAGCAGCGCCUGUCAGGGGUGAAUAUGUGUUUUAUGGACGUCGACGCAACGGCAGGGUGA